CCGGUGGCGCUGCCGCGGAGCUUUGCCUGCGCCUGGGCUGGCUGUGGUGCCGCUCACCCGCGGCACGAGAAGGCGCGUCUUUGCUCUGCACCCGGGCUCGAGUUUCCUACGCGUUUGCAGUCAUGAGUAGCGAAUUCCUGGCGGAGCUGCACUGGGAGGAUGGGUUCGCCAUCCCGGUGGCGAAUGAGGAGAACAAGACACUGGAAGAUCAGUUGUCAAAGCUACAGAAUGAAAGAGCAUACUUACAAGAUCAGUUACGUGACUAUGAAGAUCGAAUUAAUGCUAUGACUUCUCACUUCAAAAAUGUCAAGCAAGAGUUAUCAUUUACGCAGUCUCUUUACAAGGCAAGGGAGCAUGAGAUUGAAAGUGAAGAACAUUUUAAGGCUAUUGCUCAAACAGAAUUGGGACGAGUGAAAGAGGAAAUCCAACGACUAGAAAAUGAGAUGUCUUCUAUACGGGAAAAGAAAAGUGAUAAAGAAAAUGGUAUAUUUAAAGCUACUCAAAAAUUGGAUGGUUUGAAAUGUCAAAUGAACUGGGACCAGCAAGCAUUGGAGGCCUGGUUAGAAGAAUCAGCUCAUAAAGAUAGUGAUGCCCUCACUCUUCAGAAGUAUGCACAACAAGAUGAUAAUAAAAUUAGGGCACUGACCCUGCAAUUAGAAAGACUAACUUUGGAAUGUAAUCAAAGAAGAAAAUUACUUGACAAUGAACUUACAGAGACUCUAAGUGCACAGUUAGAAUUGGAUAAAGCAGCACAAGAUUUUCGUAAGAUUCAUGAUGAAAGGCAAGAACUCAUUAAACAGUGGGAGAAUACAAUAGAACAGAUGCAGAAGAGGGAUCAAGACAUAGAUAACUGUGCUUUGGCAUUAGCAAAGACAAAACAAGAAAUAAGAGAAAAGGAAAAUUUGAUUAAGGAAAAGAUCAAGUUUUUGGAAAAUGAGAUUGGGAAUAACACAGAGUAUGAGAAAAGAAUAUCUGUUGCUGAUCGUAAACUUUUAAAAUGUAAAGCGGAGUAUCAGCACCAUGAAACUAAUAGAAGUCAGCUGAAGGAUGAGCUGGAUUCUUUAAAAGCCACUGUGAAUAGAACUUCCAGUGAUUUAGAAGCUCUGAGGAAAAAUAUUUCUGAAAUAAAGAGGGACAUGAAUGAAGAAAUUGUAAGGUUACAGAAAAUUAAAGGUAAUAAUCAGAACGUAAAAAAGAAAUUAAACCAGAUAACUGAGAAAACCAUGUCUGUAGAAGAGAAAGCUACCAAUUUGGAAGAUAUGCUAAAGGAAGAGGAAAAAGGUGUAAAGGAAGUGGACGUUCAAUUGAAGCUUGUAAAAGAUGUGCUUUUUAAGAAAGUUCAGGAGUUACAGACUGAGACAACGAAAGAAAAAGCUGUUGUUUCAGAAAUUGAAGGAACCCGUUCCUCUCUAAAACAUCUCAACCAUCAGUUACAUAAACUGGAUUUUGAAAGCUUAAAGCAGCAAGAAAUUAUGUACAAUCAGGAUUUUUUAAUUCAACAAAUGGAAAGGAGAAUGUCCCGGUUAAAGGGAGAAAUUAAUUCAGAAGAAAAACACACCCUUGAAGCAAAAAUUGUUGAACUUAAGAAGUCAUUGGAGGAGAAAAAAUGUACAUUUGGCAUUUUGGAAACACAGAUCAAGAAGCUUCAUAAUGAUCUUUAUUUUAUCAAGAAGUCAAACACUAAAAAUUGUGAUGAAAAGCAGUCCCUUAUGAAUGAAAUAAAUGGACUAAACCUUUUCAUUGAAAGAUCAGAGAAAGAACUUAAAAAAGCCAAAGCUUUUAAACAGGAUUUGAUGAUAGAGGACAAUCUUUUAAAACUUGAAGUUAAACGUACUCGAGAAAUGCUUCAUAAUAAGGCAGAAGAAGUUCUUUCCCUGGAAAAAAGAAAACAGCAGUUAUACACAGCUAUGGAAGAGCGAACUGAAGAAAUUAAAGUUCACAAAACAAUGCUUACAUCACAAAUAAGAUAUGUUGAUCAAGAACGGCAAAAUAUAAGCACUGAGUUUCAUGAUCGGCUAAGUAAAAUUGAUAAGCUGAAGAACAGAUAUGAAAUUCUUACCAUUGUUAUGCUGCCUCCUGAAGGAGAAGAGGAGAAAACACAGGCCUAUUAUGUAAUAAAGGCUGCUCAAGAAAAAGAAGAACUUCAAAGGGAAGGUGACAGUUUGGAUGCUAAGAUCAACAAAGCUGAAAAAGAAAUCUAUGCUCUAGAAAACACCCUGCAGGUGCUCAACAGCUGCAACAACAAUUACAAGCAAUCUUUUAAAAAAGUGACUCCAUCUAGUGAGGAGUAUGAGCUAAAAAUUCAACUAGAAGAACAAAAAAGAACUGCUGAUGAAAAAUACAGAUACAAACAAAGACAAAUCAGAGAACUUCAAGAAGAUAUCCAGAGCAUGGAAAAUACUUUAGAAGUUAUUGAACAUGUAGCAAAUAAUAUCAAAGAAAAAUUAUCAGAGAAGCAGGCUUAUUCGGGUCAACUAAAUAGAGAAACUGAGGAGCAGAAGCCAAAAUUAGAAAGAAUAACUAAACAGUGUGCAAAACUCACAAAAGAAAUACGUCUUUUGAGAGACACAAAAGAUGAAACACUAGAAGAACAAGACAUCAAACUUCGUGAAGUGAAACAGUUUCACAAGAUCAUUGAUGAAAUGCUACUUGAUGUCACAGAAGAAAAUGCUGACAUCCGUAUUGUCCUUCAAACAUACUUUCAACAGAGUGGGCUGGAACUACCUACAGCUGGUACUAAAGGCAGUCGUCAGAGUUCUAGAUCUUUUUCACACACUUCACUGUUAUCAGCAAGGUCAUCUGUGAGUACAAAUACUUCUGCUUCUCAGGCUUCAAUUAAAGUAUUAGAGCUCAACUUGCCGGCCUCUUCACUAGUAGACAAUGCUUCUAGGCCAACUAGUGCCAGUAGUAGCUCUAGUAAUGGUAAAAGCAAAAAGACCAGCAAGUAAAUAUUUUAACCUCUUUUGAACACGUUGUAAACACCCAAAAAUUUUAUACUUUAAAAUACAAAAUGACCAAACAGGUUUUAUCCAGUGCAAAGUGAAAAAACUGAUAGUUAAAAAAAGUCAAGUGAUUUUCUUAGUUUUCUUAUAUUCUUCAUACAGAUGGAAAACAGUAAUAGCAGAUUCUUGACAAAGCUACAUGUUAUAUACACAUAGGGAAAAUGGUGUCUUUCACUGUAGUUUUGAUGUUUGUAGUGUUAGAAACUUCACUGUUUCAUGAAACUACUCAGUUCUAAUUUAAUAAUCUUUCAGGAAAUUUUAAAAAAUUCACUCUACUAUUAAGAGCUUGUAACAGUAUGAAAAUUCUCACUUACCCUAGAAGAUCCCCAAAUUAGGUUUUCUUUAUUCAAAAAAAGAAAAAUUUUCCCCCAGACUUUUAGGGAAAAAAAUCUGUUAAAGGCAAUUCCUUCUUCUGGUAUAAUUUUUAACCAAAAAGUAGCAUUACCUCCUCCCCUCAAAGAAAACAAUAAGAGAAACACUGCAUAUCAAUAGAAAGUACAACUUAAAUUUCUAAGAAUUUCUUAAAUCCAUUCUGACCUUGAAAGAAAUCAUACACAUUAAAGAUUUCCUCACAGAUACAGCCAACCAUAUAGAACAUUUUUAAAAUUUUCUUGAUUUAAUAAACAAUUUAAAGAAAGCUAGAUAUGAUUUGCAAUAGGAAUUUCAUACAUUUACAGUGGAGGUAGACCACCAGAUUUAGAAUUAGUUUUUCCAGUUAAUACUUUAUAUAACAUGUACCCAACACUGUGAACUUUUGGAAUAGAGUAUGGAAAGUUAUAUUAUAAAACCGGAUUUUCAAAUAAACGUAUUAGAAUCCAUGUAUUUGUUUCCUUGAAACCUUGGAAAAAAUAUUCAUUACAAUUGUCAUUUAGAACGGUCAUUUUCAUUUCCUUCUAAAAAUUAGUGGUAAUGAAUGUUUCUCCUGAUUAUUGUUUUAGAAACAGGAAAAGGCAUAUCAAAGUCUAAUGGAUAAGAUGGCUAGAGAAAGCUGGAUAAUGUAAUUUUUGGCUAAAACACUGCUCUAAUACAUGAGAUUUGUAAGAUACAAAAACUGAUUAACCUCAAAGUCACUUUGUUCACCAGUUUUUUUCCUUUGUUUUACUGUAUUUUCUCUUUUCGUUCUCUCAAUCCUCCUUCACAGAACGCCACAGUUCUUAUUCUCAGUCCUAUAUUAGUUUGUAAAUUACUUGGAACUUGAAAUAAUAUUAAACACUGUGUUCUAUGAAGGCAGAGGUUGUGUCUUAGCUCUGCGACUUUGGGCAGUUACUUCUCUAUGCUUUUUUCCCUCAUUUGUAAUACAGAAAGGUAUCCACAAGUUUACUGAAAUAAUUGGAUUAACAUAUGCAAAAUGCACAGGGGUUAACAUGUGGUAACUGCACUACAACUUUUACCUAUUAUUGAGUCAACCUCCAGAAGCUAACACAGUAUUUGUGGAAUGGAAUGGUCAGGUCCCUAGGCCAGCACACACGUCUACCUUUAACCCUUAAGUAACAGUUCUAUUUUCAGUGUAAUCAGGCCAAAUGGUGAGGCAGGGGAUCAACCUCUCUAUCUUCCAAGUCUGGAGUUAUCAGAACGUCCAAAAGCCGUGCUUCAUCUACUAAUGGAAACCAAGUCACAGUCAGCCUGUAGACAUACUGAUGUUGAGGAAAAUUGUUGAAGUUACCAGUCACUAGGAAUUCUUGACAAUAUAAAUCCCCAAUAAUAAUUUUUCCUGUGAUGGGCUUCCUGAACACAUCCUUCAAGUGGUUUAUGUACUCUGCUUAAAUUUAGUAUUUCCUAGUGGAGAGGUCCUGGGAAAGAUGGAAUUUUUCAAUUCAGGCAGCCUGCAGGAUAAGGUACUAUCCUAACUUUUAAAUAAAAUGGUGUGUAAAAUUGUAAGCUAUACUAGGGAUUCCAAAAGGUCAAGGGCUAUGUCAAGAGGUAGUUUUCACUCUCUAAAAACGCCACUGUGUAGGACUAUGUAAAGAUGAUACUAAAGCUAUUAAUACAUGGAACCGAGGACUCUUUUAAGAUGAAUUUCUUGGCACAAACACUAAUGCCUGAGUGAUGGCCCAUUUCUACUGCCAUUAUCUAUUGCUCUUAACCAGGAUCUUUUUCCUGUUCCACUGUAAAACAAAUUUCCGAUUUUCCACUAGGCUCCCAUCAUUGGAGUUUGCAGGACACAAAUAGUACACACACGUACUUAAAGCGUGGAUAUUUUACUGUUGGCAAGAACUACAAGACAGAAUAGGGAAAAAAAGUCUCUUCUUCCCCUAUCAUUCUCUCUUACUUAGACCUUUGUAGAUGGAUACUCACCUACCCACCUACCUAUACCCAUCCAGUGUCAUCAUGAGUGACAGUAUUCAAAUCAUUUACUGAUUCUAGAAUCUUAAACUGGAAAGAUCCUAGACAUAAACCCAACACCUACGACUCCUCUCUCUAUCUCCCAAAGAGUACAUUAUACUGUUUUUAGUAAUUCUGGGGGAUCUUUACAAUCCAAGUCCCUUCCUUCUUCAGCUAUAGAAGCUGGAACUUACACCAUGUAAAACCAGGCUCUGCUUGGUUUAUUUAUUCAGACCCUGAGAAAGGAGACAUCAGGGAAGCAUCAAGAGAGUGGAGGUAGUAAGAAAAGUAGAAAUGCAGGCCAGUCCUAGGUUAUUUAAAAACAUGCCUAGUGUUUUCUGGAUUGAACAUUUGCAAUACUAGGACAGUUUCCUAAUUUUCUUUCCCUAGAGAGAAAUGAGAUUUACAGUGUACUUCUCUGCCUUUGCCACCACUUUUUGCCAAAAGAUUCUUUUCUAUUCUGAUUUAUUCUUGCCUGGAAUGUAGAUAGUCUCUAAGGGUUUGCCAAUAUUUAAAGUUAAAAAAUUUCUUAUGGCUAUAAUGAUAGCAGUAAGAUAAAAUAAUAAUGAAGAAAUAAGCAAAAUGGGCUCCUAGUCAACUUUCACAAUCUUAUUUCUAAGGUACUUGUUAAGCUGGCAAUGACCAUUCACAAACCAUUUUUAAUUAAAUCAGACUUUAGAAGCAAAUUAAGACACGUAAUCUACCAUUUCAAAUAAAACUGUGUAAAAAAAUUUAAUAUUUAAACAAAUGAUACACAUAAUCAAGAAACAUUCAAACAUAAUCUCUUUCUAAAGUUGAGGGCUUUUAAUUUAACAGAAAGGAGAAUGAAAUAAUUUUUGACGAAGAUGAUCUAAGUGUUCAACGCAUAAAUUUGUUUCUCAAACAGUAGGAUGUGGUGAACCCGGGAAUUCUUGUAUACCAUAAUACAAGGAAGAAACAAUACUUUCAGAGAAUUAUCUUUAGGUGAAGAAACUCAAAUUGUCAGAGUAAGAAGUAUACUGUACGUAUAUACAUGAAAGGGCUAAAAAUCAAGCCGUGACACAGGAACCUACAACUGAAACCAAUCAAAUUUGAGAAAAGCUAAAAAACAUUUGCUUUCUGUAAUCUCUAUAAAUAAUUUUAAGAGCAGAGAUUUUUACACUGGAUGGUUACGAACAAAACAUCUCAAAAUUUUA